GACCAAAAUAAUGAUGGGAUAUAAGCACACUCAACAUCGUUUCUGACUGGCCGCCAAGAGGUCUCCACAACUGUCGCAUGCUUCCGUCAAUAGACAUGUCUGAGAUGCGUACAUACAUGCGUCGCAUUGGUGGCAGCAAGGCGGCGCUGCCCAGGCGAUGCAGCGACCGGCGCUCAUCCCUUCACUGUACGUGCAUGCUGCCACCCCCGCAGCUCACCGGCAGCGCGGCCGCCAACCCCCGCAGCAUCUAUAGCCCCCUUGCAUUGGCUUAUCUUGGGGACGCAGUCUGGGAGGCUCACACACGGGCCCUGGAGCUGGAGUUAGAUAUGCUGCCUCAGGGGCAGCAGGCGAGGCCACAUGAGUCUCCGCAAGCCCUAGGCAAUACCGCUGGGCCAGGGCGGCUGCAGAUGCCUGCUGACGCAAGGCAGGUGGACAGCGAUGGUGCGGUCAGCAGCUCGUGCACUGCUGACGGGGGGCCGCCACUACACCUCCCCUCCAGCGGCGGCGGCGGCGGCGGCACUGGUGAGGAGGUGCGCGGUCAAGCGGCCGCCUUUAAUGCGCAGCAGACCGGAACUAGCAGCAGCAGAAACGGUGGCGGUGAUAGCGGAGGCGGCGCACCGGGGCACGGGAGAGCGGCGGCGCUCGGCCACUUGGCUUCACUCACGCGGCAACAGCGCAAGCUGUGGGCGAGCGCGACUUUUCAGGCCCAGGUCUUCGAUGCGCUCACAGGCGUGGGUCUUCCCCUCAUACCGCCGUCGCCGUCGCCACUACCCGCGCCUUCCACAUCCGGCGAGCAUCUACCAGCUCCACACCCAGCGUCCGAAGUGCUGGGACGGACCUCGACGACUGGCCCUGACGCGUGUGCCUCGGCCGCAGCGUCGAUGCCUAUUACAGUUUCACCCGCGGGAGCUGCAGCCAUAGCAGCCGCUGCAGCCACAGAUGCCUCCGGUGCAGCUGCGUCGCAGCUGCUUGUGUUGACGCCUGCCGAGGCUGAUGUGCUGCGCUGGGGCCGCAACGCCGCGGUGGGCAGCAUACCCAAGUCCGUCAGCGCCGGGACCUACAAGAAGGCCACGGCAGUGGAGGUGCUGGUCGCCCACCUGUACCUCACAGCGCCCCAGCGCUGUGCGCAGCUCAUACAGGCGGCCGUGUCGGCGGUGCCGCUGCAGCCAUGAGCAAGGAGAGGAGGCAGCAGGGGGGGGCUGGAGGAUCAUGGGUGUCGGGGCUUGACAUUAUCGGCGGUAUGUGACCUGGCGCUGUGGUAGGAGCUGGCACGGCCACGUGGGGGGCGGCAACACGUUCAGCAAUGAUAUGACGCUCUCGGGCCUCAGGAUCGGAGUCGUGUGGAACAUACCCGGCGCCUUCCGCAGCCGGGGUGCGGGUGUGUAGCAUGGCGGCGGUUGGCCGGCGGGGCAGGUUGGCGUGGCGGAGCGCACAGCUCAAGCUUUGGAGGACCGGCCGGAUGGCCUGAUGGUUCGCCAGUGGGCACCGGGGACCUACCACGGGGCGCUGAGGGCGCGGUACGGCCCAGCCAGUCAUCCCCACCAACAUGGCCAAGUAGUGCCAGUGGUGGGGCGGCCGGGAUGACUUGGCCGCCGGGAGCCGCCCGUGCCAGCACGUGUUGCUUGGGGCUGCACACACAUCGCCGACACGGAGGACUGCGUGCAGUGACAGGCAUGUUGCGCUGCCCGGGGGUCAACUGUGAGGGCGGAUGGUGGGCGACCUGAGAAGCAAGUGUGUAGCGACAGACAAAAUUGUAGGCACCGAUGCUCAGUAGUUGAAGAUGUGAUUAAAAGGAGCGGUUUGCAGUUCGGGUCCUGGAGUGGCGUGUCUACAAGCGGACAUGCGGUCAAGCACGGUGCGAACGGGCGUGUAGGGGCAUCGGCACGCCAUUAAAACGUUUGCGCACCCUGAGCAUCUGCAUGCUACACAUUAACACGUUUUGCCCUGGCCAGCCUCCGGUUUGGAUGUAUACAGUCGGUUUCUGGAUGCCGUUUAUAAGACAGCAGUGCCAUCUGCACCGGUCAGGUACAAGUGCUGCAUGGGGGCGGGGUCCUCUGACCUCUGCAGUUGCUACACGCAAGCGGCAAGCCCCCAUCUGGCCAUCUCCCUUGCCACCUGCUGGGGCCUUGUCCGAAUCUGACACAGCACCAUUUGCCCCCUACUGCCAUGUGAGAUGCAGAAGACAUGUUAACUUGCAAGUUAAAGAAGAUGAACUAAACGUGCGUGCCUUCUAGUGCAUUACGGUACUGUGCCACGUCAAUGAUGGUGGCGUCGGCCGAUUAGAGCUCGACUGCUUGGCAAGAAAUGAGACCUGGAAGGCAACAGGGUCCAGGCGGAGCGAAACGUGGCGAAAGAAGGGCAAGAUUGGAGCGGUGGAGCGUGUCGGGAAGACAACAACCCUCGA